CGCGCUUCAACGGUCGCUCUCCCCCCUCCCUCCUCUCUCUCUCUCUCUCUCUCUCUCUCUCCCCCCUCGCCCUGGUGUCGCUCAGCCUCCCGCUUCAUCCCUCCACACGGCGGAGUGCAGAGAGAGGUGAACCGGGUUUUUCCUCUCCUCUCUCCCUGCGCUGGCUGGCUGUGGCUACGAUUUGGGGACAGACAGAGACACAGUUGGGGAACCGAGGGACAGGACGGUACUUGGAAGUGGGGGGGGGGGGGGGUGACAACAACGUGGAAAGAUCCAGCGCCGGAUUUCCUCCAGCGGAGAUUAUUUUUGCAUUACAAAACCUGUGGAAAAAAAGGAUCUACUCCGCCGCUGUCCGCAGAAGAGGGGGCGUGAUAGACAAGGACCUGCGCCGCUACCUCAACCUGCGCUUCCAGAAGGGCUCGGUGGACCACGAGCUGCAGCAGAUCAUCCGGGACAACCUCUACCUGCGCACCGUCCCCUGCACGACCCGGCAGCCCAAGGAGGGCGAGGUCCCGGGGGUGGAUUAUAACUUCGUCACCAUCGAGCGGUUCAUGGAACUGGAGAAGAGCGGAGCCCUGCUAGAGAGCGGAACGUAUGAAGAUAACUUCUACGGCACCCCGAAGCCUCCGGCCGAGCCCAGCGCUCUGCUGCUAAAUGUAACGGACCAGCUGCUGCCGGGCGCCAGACCCACCGCCGAGGGCAAGAGGAAGCGCAACAAGUCGGUCAGCAACAUGGAAAAGGCCGGCGUCGAGCCGCCCGAGGAGGAGGAGGACGAGAGGCCCGUCGUCAACGGCAACGGUGUUGCUGUCACCCCAGAGUCCAGCGAACAUGAGGACAAGAGCACAGACGCCUCGGGGGACGCGGCCCCGCAGAGCCUGCCGGCGGAGGCCCCGCCCGAGGCGCCCAAAGAAGACGGACAGUCCCCGAAAAUGACGCUGCCCAAGCCGGAGGAGAACGAGGAGCUGGGCCCGCUGCCGGACAACUGGGAGAUGGCGUACACGGAGAAGGGAGAGGUCUACUUCAUAGACCACAACACCAAGACAACAUCGUGGCUGGACCCCCGGCUGGCCAAGAAGGCGAAGCCGCCCGAGGAAUGCAAAGAGGAUGAGCUUCCAUAUGGCUGGGAGAAAAUCGAUGACCCCAUUUACGGCAGCUACUAUGUCGACCACAUAAACAGAAGGACCCAGUUUGAGAACCCAGUGCUGGAGGCUAAGAGGAGACUCCAGCAGCAGCAGCAGAUGCAAAGCCAGGGUCUGUCCUCACUGCCCCUUCCCACCAUCUACAGAGAGAAGCCGCUGUUCACGCGGGACCCCACUCAGCUGAAAGGCAGUUUCCUGUCCACGGCGCUCCAGAAGAGCAACAUGGGCUUUGGCUUCACCAUAAUCGGGGGCGACGAGCCGGACGAAUUCCUCCAGGUCAAGAGCGUCAUCCCCGAUGGGCCGGCCGCCGCUGACGGAAAGAUGGCCACAGGUGACGUCAUCGUCUACAUCAACGACGUGUGCGUCCUGGGCACCACCCACGCCGACGUGGUCAAGCUCUUCCAGUCGGUGCCGAUUGGCCAAAGCGUCACCCUGGUGCUGUGCCGCGGCUACCCGCUGCCCUACGACCCGGAGGAGGCCGCCAACGCCAACAACAACACCACCACCACCACCAUCAUCUCGCCGCUGGGCAUCAUGGAGCAGCGGCCCGUCAUGGUCAACGGACGCACGGGCUACGACAACUACCUGGACUACCUCUCCCGCACGGCCCGCUUCGUCGCGGACGCCCCCGGCCAGGACCAGGGGGGCGCCCAGCAGCUGCUCGCCCCCCACCCGGGCGACACCCACCUGGACGGCUCGCUGCCCCCCGCCACCGGCGCCACGCCUCCCGACAGCGUCUCCAUGGCGUCGUCGGGGGCCACCCAGGGGGAGCUGCUGACGCUGACCAUGGUGAAGGGCCCGGAGGGCUUCGGCUUCACCAUCGCGGACAGCGGCGCCGGCCAGCGGGUCAAACAGGUGCUGGAGCCUCAGGGCUGCCCGGGCCUGUGCGAGGGCGACCUGAUUGUGGAGAUUAACAAGCAGCUGGUGCAGGGAUACGACCACGCCCAGGUGGUGGAGCUGCUCAAGGAGUGUGCCGUGGGAGCGGAGACCAUCCUGGUGGUGCAGAGGGGCGGAGCAGGUCACUAUUCACCCUGGAAGAGCCCCAAGCAGGUGCUGGAGCAGUGGGAGUCCCAGCAGACCAGCCCGUCAGCCCCAGUUAUCCCCCACAACGCCCCCUUCCCAGCACGCCAUCUCCACAGGGCCUCCGAGGCCGCGGCCCCGGCCAAACCAGACCCCUUUGACCUAUAUGAGAAGUCCAGGGCUAUCUAUGAGAGUAGGCAACCUGGCCAACCGAGGACGGUUUACCCUGUGGACUGCUCAGGAGCGGACUACCAGGACAUGGAGGUGCACCUGCGCCGGCACAAGUCCGGCUUCGGUUUCCGGGUGCUGGGCGGCGACGAGGCGGGGCAGCCUGUGAGUCCGGAGGCGCGUGAGAAGCAGAUACUGAUCGGGGCGAUCAUCGAGAAGAGUCCGGCGGACGUGGACGGGCGCUUGCGGCCCGGCGACGAGCUGCUGUUCGUGGACGCGAUCCCGGUGGUGGGGAAGCCUCACCGGUACGUCAUCGACUUGAUGCACGGGGCGGCGCGUAACGGCCAGGUGAACCUGGUGGUCAGGAGGAGGCUGCAGGCAGCAGGGGAGUCCUGCCCGGCGAACGGACGCAGCCCGGGCUCCGUCUCCACGCAGCACAGCUCCCCUCGCAGCGACUUCACCUACGCCAACAGCAUCGGCGGCGCCCAGGCGCCCGCGGGCAACGCCGCCGCCGCCGCUCCAGACAGGACGUCCGCCCCCAACGCGCUACCCAGCGACGUCGUCAUCAACCGAAAGGAGAGCGAAGGCUUCGGCUUUGUGAUCAUCAGCUCGCUCAACAGGCCCGAGGCGGCCGGCGCCAACGCCGUGCCCCACAAGAUCGGCCGCAUCAUCGAGGGCAGCCCGGCCGACCGCUGCGGCAAGCUGAAGGUGGGCGACCGGAUCCUGGCGGUGAACGGCCAGUCCAUCGUCAGCAUGCCGCACGCCGACAUCGUCAAGCUCAUCAAGGACGCGGGCCUCGGCGUCACGCUGAGGAUCGUACCGCAGGAAGAGAUCAGUAAUCCCCCGUCGGCCCCCACCUCGGAGAAGCAGAGCCCCAUGGCCCAGCAGCACAGUCCCAAGACCCAGCCGGGCGCCGCCGCCGCCUCGCAGCCCGGCCCGGCGGGCACGGAACCCGACCGGCCCGGCCCAGCGACCCACCAGAGCCCCGCCGCCCAGCCGCCCGCCCCCCCGCCUCCGACCUACGCCCACGAGAGCAGUUACAGGUCAGAGGUGAAGGCGAGGCAAGACGUCAAACCAGACAUCCGCCAGCCGCCGUUCACCGACUACCGGCAGCCGCCGGUGGAUUACCGGCACCCCCCCGUGGCGGACUACCGGCAGCCGCCCACGUUGGACUACAGGCACCCGCCGCUGCUCGACUACAGGCAGCUCGCCGCCGACACCAGGCAGUUCACCCUGCCGGAUUACCGGAUGCCGCCGGUCCAAAUCGCGUCGACUCUGAUGGCGCCUGAUCCCCGCGCGGCUCAGCUGUCGCAGGACUUUGACUUCUUCACCGUGGAGCUGGAGAAAAGCGCGAAAGGCUUCGGUUUCAGCAUCCGCGGCGGCCGCGAGUACAAGAUGGACCUCUUUGUCCUGCGACUGGCCGAGGACGGACCGGCCAUCCGCAACGGGAGGAUGAGGGUACGUUCGAGGACGUCACUUGCUGUAAGAUCUACCGAUUGAGCGUCUUCCCAUCUCCUUGGAUCACAUGGCAGACGCUCACUGUGAUCGGCCGAUGU